GAGGCAACGGACGCAUCUUCCUCUCAGAUGAUAGUACAAGUUAGUUAAGUAAACAGGAGGUUCAAACGAGUACUUUUUAAAGUUUUCAGUCGCUGAAGAUAUAUUUCCUUGUGAUGCACUGACGCUCUUCAGUUUGAGGAUGGAGUCAUCUUGUCUGGACCUGGCUCUGGAGGGUGAGAGGCUCUGUAAGGCUGGUGACUAUCGUGCCGGUGUGUCCUUCUUUGAGUCUGCCAUCCAAGUUGGAACAGAAGACCUCCAAAUCCUUAGUGCCAUCUACAGCCAACUGGGCAACGCCUACUUUCACCUACAAGAGUAUAACAAAGCCCUGGAGUACCACCGGCAUGACCUCACACUUACAAGAACUAUUGGAGAUGAGCUUGGUGAGGCAAAGGCCAGUGGCAACCUUGGGAAUACAUUAAAACUUUUAGGACGUUAUGAAGAAGCUAUUGUUUGUUGCCAAAGACAUCUGGACAUCACCAGAGCCAUUUAUGAUAAGGUUGGGCAGGCCCGAGCACUGUAUAAUUUCGGGAACGUUUACCACGCCAAGGGCAAGAACAUCUGCUGGAGUGGAACCGAGCCAGGAGAGUUCUCAGAGGAGGCUCGGGCAGCCCUGAGGAAAGCUGCAAAGUACUAUGAAGCAAACCUGUGUAUGGUGAAGGAGCUAGGUGAUCGCGCUGCUCAGGGUCGUACCUAUGGUAACCUUGGCAACACUUACUAUCUACUGGGUGACUUUGAAACUGCUGUGGCUGCACAUGAAAAGCGGUUGCUCAUUGCCAAAGAGUUUGGAGAUAAGUCAGCUGAGAGGAGGGCCCACUGUAACCUUGGCAAUGCUCACAUAUUCCUUAGUCAAUUUGAGAUCGCUGCUGGUCAUUACAAGAGGACUCUGCAGCUGGCCCGGCUUCUGAAGGACAAAGCAGUGGAGGCUCAAGCUUGCUACAGUUUAGGCAACACUUACACACUACUACAGGACUAUGAGAGAGCCAUUGAUUACCACCUCAAACAUCUGGUCAUCGCUCAGGACCUCAAUGACAGAGUCGGUGAAGGAAGAGCAUACUGGAGUCUAGGAAAUGCCCACACCGCCCUGGGGAAUCAUGAGCAAGCUAUGCACUUUGCUGAAAAACAUCUGGAAAUUGCCAAAGAGACCGGAGACAAAAGCGGGGAGGUGACAGCAAGAAUGAACUUGUCUGACCUGCGGCUGGUUGUAGGCCUGAAGUCCAACUCCAACGCUUACCCAAACGUAUUCCGCAACAUAAACUCUAACAGCUCUGUUCUGCCAGCAGGCUCCCAUAGUUACCCCAACCUUCCAGUCAUCAAGUCUACAGAGAACUUUGAACAGAGGCAAAGCCCUGACAAAAAUCAAACUGGAGACUCAUCUGCACAGCAAGAUUCAGAGGAUGAUUCAUUUCCUGGGUCUUCAAAAAAUAGCACACUCAAGGCUUCUACUAAACUCUUCCUCUUCCAUCGGUUGAAAAGCAAGAAGCACAAAAGCGUCAAAUCACCUCCCAAAGACCAGCAUGAGAAUCACAUAGAGGAUUCUGCACCUGAUCUAGAAGCACCAGUGUCCCUGAAGCCAGGAUCCCGGGACACUAUCGGAGAAGACAGCUUUUUCGACCUGCUGUCUCGCUUCCAGGGCAACAGGAUGGACGACCAAAGGUGCACUCUACUGGAUGGCCAGAGCCAUCUGAGCCCUGCUCACUCCUCUCCCUCCUCCACCCCACCUGUAGCUGAGAGGAGAUCUAUUUUGGAGUGCGCAACACCAUUGCAGGAUCCUGGUCAUUUCCUGGAGCUGCUGGCCAGCUCCCAGGCCCGUCGUCUGGACGACCAACGAGUCAGCUUGAGCCAUUUUCCUGGCUUACGACUCAGCACCUCCAACCCGCCACUUACACCCUCCACCUCCAGCCCCGACCAGGUCCCCCCACAAGCCAAAAUCACCAGUCCAGAAAGUCAAACACCCUCCCUGUACAGUCGCCUCGAGGCCAGUGCUGAGCAACCAGAGGGGGACGAUGUCUUCUUUGAUAUGCUUGUCAAGUGCCAAGGCUCCAGGCUGAACGACCAGAGGUGUGCAGCUCCACCUUCUGCAAAUAAAGGACCAACUGUCCCCGAUGAGGAUUUUUUCAGUCUCAUCCUGCACUCCCAGUCUAACAGGAUGGAGGAGCAGAGAGUUUUGGCGCCCCCUGGUGUCACCCAAUCCAAACCAGACUGACUUCAUAAGGGACUUUUCAAAGUCUGAGGAUAACAGAUGAAGUACCAAAGCUGUCAGGAGUUUUUUUUUUUAAACCAGCAGAACUCUUGAUUUCUGCCUUUUUGGGCCCAUAUGACAACAUCCCUGCUGGACUAAAGAUGGCAAAGGACACAAGAAGGAAUUCAAGCUUAUGAAAAAGAGCAGGUUUUUAUGGAAGUUAAAUUUUUUUUUGGAUAACUGACAGUGUUUCACAGUUGUCACAUUUUUGUGAUGCCUCCUGUUGCCUGUUUUUAAAAAAAGAUCUCUCUGUACCCAUGACAUCUGCCAACCCUGGAAGCCUCCAUCAUGUCACAAUUACAAACUGUUCAAGAGGUUCAUGUUUGGACUCGUUACUCUGCUGGAAGGACGUAAGCCAAGCUGAAGGGAAUACCGUUUAUGAUGGACAAUCAUGUUACAUAAGCUGUUCUAAAUACUUGUGAUCACAUCUCGUCUAAAGGAGCAGUAAAUCUUGGUUUGAGCUAACAUCUCCUCUGGACUUUACAAAUGUUUUAAGGGAAAUAAAAUCCACCUUUACAGUGGUGGUGACUAGUAAAGCCAUUAAAAGCAUCUGCUAUCUGACACUGA